AUGGCUCCACGACGCAAGCAGCAGAUCUCUGCCAAACCCCAGACUACUGCAAGCAAAUCCGAGAAUGUCACCAGUGCGAGCAAGGUCAAGGAAGAGAAGAAUCUGCUCCCGAUCGAACUCCAACAACUCAUCCUAGACCACUUCACCCGCGCCUUCCCCUGCCCCAACCCCACUGAUCUCAAAGCGCAGAUCCAGACAGUCAAAGGCCAUCUCUACAACCGCGACUUCGUGCCUGCAUUCAGCAAACCCGAAUACUUGGAUGCGUAUGCGCUGCGCUGGAGCGCCGCACGUGCAUUGGGUUACGCGGAGCUGUUCGCUUCCCUGUCACACUCUGGCGGUCUGUCAUCGCUGUCGUCGCUGUCAUCACGUAAUGCAGAUGCCGACGCAUCACUGCCAUCACACAUUGCAGGCCUAGAUGAAGCCACCAGCAAUCAAAGGCAAAUUCUCUGCAUAGGCGGCGGGGCAGGCGCGGAACUCGUGGCGCUGUGCGCGAGCACGACCACUGCUCCUGGUUCUGGCCAUACCGCCACACCGCGGCCGCCGCUGUCAGUGACCCUUCUCGACAUAGCCAACUGGUCGAGCGUGGUGUCAAAGUUACAGACCGCGCUGACCACAGCGCCUGCACUGUCUGCCUAUGCAAGUGCGACAGCCAAGGCAAGUAAUGCACCUCUCAUCGAGCCCUCAAAUCUAGAAAUGAGCUUCGUUCAAAUGGACGUCUUGGAUCCGUGGGACCAGGCCCUACAGGCAAAGGUGAGGGGCGUGGGGCUGGUGACGAUAAUGUUCACGCUCAACGAGCUAUUCGGUGCAAGCAGGGCGAAGACCACCGGAAUGUUGUUGAAUCUGAGCGAUUGGAUGCAUGUUGGGAGUGAGCUGUUGGUGGUCGAUAGUCCAGGGAGCUACUCACAGGUAGGCGUCGGGCAAAGUGGCGAGACAAAGAAGUAUCCUAUGAAGUUCUUGUUGCAGCAUACCCUGAUGGAAGUCGCGAAGGGCAAGUGGGACCUGGUGUUUGGAGAAGAGAGUCGGUGGUUCAGGGUUGGGGAGAAUGGGAAGGGGGAGAAACUAAGCUAUGCGCUUGAGCUUGAGAAUAUGCGGUAUCAAGUAUGGUUGUAUAGGCGGGUAUGA